CUGCCAACUGCAAUAGAUCAUCAUCACCAUCGAUCACACGUCAGUCAACGAUGAAGAUUUGGGCAUUGGCGGUAUUGUUGGCGAUCGUAAAAACAGGUGCAUGUCAAUGGAUUCGAAGUGUCGAAGGUUCUCACGUGGUUCAAAUCGGUCAACGACAGUCGAAUGGAGCAGUUGCAAUCGUAUGUGGGGGAUCGUACUUGGGAGGCAAUGCGGUAGUACUUGGGGCACAUUGUUCUAGUAAGAAUGGACGACAGCCUGAUGUAGCCCGUUUUGGUAGCUCAACUGGAAAUACCAUAGACAUAGCCAUCGUCAAUUUCACCAUUCACUAUCGCUACAAACCCCAGUUCGACUAUCACAACAUGGCAAUUGCGGUUCUGGAACGAAAUCCGCAAACUUAUUCGGGUGGCAUCAAAGCAGCCUGUGUCCUGAAGCCUCAUCCCAAAUCGAACACUCCCGUGCAGAUGAUUGGACCCAUCGGCAAUCGACUGGAGAAGACUGACUUGCUGGCGGUGGGAUCGGAAAAAUGUCACGAGUAUUACAAUCCUAAUCGGAAACUGCGUUUCGGAGUACUGCUGUGUUGCUUCUGCGCUCGGAAUGCCAAAAUCAAUCAAUGCUCGGACCUUCACAGCUCUCCCCUGCAAAUUAUUGCUAAACGAUCCGGUAAAGAGGCACCUUUCUUAAUUGGCCAUAAAUCGAUUGGGAAAUCAUGCGGCACGAACACGCCUGGGAUUUACACCCGCUAUGGAUCGUACUUUGAGUGGUUGGAAACAGUCACGGGAUUGAAUCUCGAUCCAAAUGAAUGUUACGCUCGCUAUUGAGACAUGCUUUAACAUCUUAGCUUAAUAG